AUGAAUUUAGAAACUCUAGACAUUAUGAUUAUUCUAAUCAAUAUGUAUUGAAUCACAAUUUCAAAUUAGAAUUGCAUUAAUAAUAAUAAUGCUCUCCUAUUUACAUAGCCAUAUUCAUAAUAAAACACGCGAAUCAAAUAUUUAACAAUACAAGAUCUAACCAAUUAUCCCUGUGGCAUAAAUUGACAAAUAUAAGAUUACAAAAAAACAAAAAACAAAAACCUCAAAAGGAAAAGUAUAUUUUUACUUUACUUAUUUUAAGUAAAAAGAUGAAUAUUAAUGCGAUACUUGUUCAUUUUCAUUUACGUUGGACAGUCAAGAACAAUGA